AGAGGACUGCAUCGGUGGGGGGAAAAAAAGCAUUGUCGUGCGCUGGCAAAUUACCUCUGAUCCUAUUCUACAGUAACAAGCCACCGAGAUUUUUUUUUCACUGUCUGAUGCAAUGGGUAACUAUCAGCUCACUCCAGUCUUGUCGCUAUAAAUGAUGCCCGGCCAAUGAUUGCCACAGCCAUUGUGGGUUAUCUCCUGUGGUGACUGCAGACUCAAGAGUUUCCUUCCCUGCUGCAUCUUGAGACCCACUGAUCUCACCAUUCUCGCAAUCCUCCCAUCAGCUUGCCCCUCUUCCCUCUUUCUUCUACUUCGAAGUAUCCUUUGAACCCCCCUGAAGACCUACCGGUGGAGCCAGAAUGGAGGACACUUACAAUAACAGGACUUCUCUGGUUAAGGGGGCCAAGGACAUAGUCAAGGAGGCCAAGCGGCAUGCAACCAAGAAAGUCAACAAGGCGGUGGACCGCGCCACAGACGAGUACUCAUCCCACCGCAACUACAGCCGAUUCCAGGAUGAGGAGGACGGUGACGAGGAUUUCUACCGGAACCCCCCGAGGCAGGAUGGAGAGGGCUACCAUGACAAUGAGGAUGGCUCAAGCGAUGCCACAGAGGGCCACGAUGAUGAGGAUGAGAUCUACGAGGGCGAGUACCAGGGGAUCCCCUCGGCGGGAGAUAGCAAGCAUAAGGAGGGCCAGGUGGCACUGGGGCAGCCGAUGUCAGAUGCCACAAGGGACCGUAGGGAGCUGGAGCAGGAGAGACAGGCUGACGAGGAGGAGCUGGCCCAGCAGUACGAGCUGAUCAUCCAGGAGUGUGGCCACGGGAGGUUCCAGUGGCAGCUGUUCCUGGUGCUCGGGUUGGCGCUCAUGUCAGAUGGGGUGGAGGUGUUCGUGGUGGGCUUUGUGCUGCCCAGCGCAGAGACAGACAUGUGUGUGCCCAACUCCAGCUCGGGAUGGCUAGGCAGUGUUGUUUACUUGGGGAUGAUGGUGGGGGCGCUCUUCUGGGGAGGGAUGUCUGACAAAGUGGGCCGCAGACAGUGCCUCCUCAUUUGCAUGUCCACGAAUGGCUUCUUCGCCUUCCUGUCAUCUUUUGUCCAGGGAUACGGCUUGUUCCUCCUUUGCCGUCUCGUCGCAGGCUUCGGGAUAGGAGGCGCUGUGCCCAUCGUUUUCUCCUUCUUUGCAGAGGUGUUGUCCAGGGAGAAGAGAGGAGAACACCUCAGCUGGUUGUGUAUGUUCUGGAUGAUUGGAGAAAUCUAUGCAUCUGCUAUGGCCUGGGCCAUCAUACCACACUAUGGUUGGAGCUUCAGUAUGGGCUCGGCGUACCAGUUUCACAGUUGGAGGGUGUUUGUGGUCGUCUGUGCACUGCCCUGUGUGUGUGCUGUGGUGGCACUUACCUUCAUGCCCGAAAGCCCCAGAUUCUACCUCGAGGUGGGGAAGCAUGAUGAAGCCUGGAUGAUCCUCAAACAGAUCCACGACACCAACAUGAGAGCGCGUGGGCAACCGGAGAAAGUCUUCACUGUAAACAGGAUCAAGAUCCCUAAACAGCUGGAUGAACUGGUUGAAAUGGAAUCAGAAUCUGGCAACCCAGUUUCCAAGGUUUUCUUUAGGAUAAAGGCUGAAACACAAGGGAUCUAUAUGAAUCUUGUGAAGUGCUUCAACUACCCUAUGCGAGAAAACAUGACGCGCCUGGCUAUAGUGUGGUUCACGCUCUCAUUCGGGUAUUAUGGCCUGUCUGUCUGGUUCCCUGAUGUCAUCAAACACCUUCAGGCUGAUGAGUAUGCCUCCAAAGUGAUGAUACACAACAAUGAACGCAUUGAAGACUUCACCUUCAACUUCACCCUGGAGAACCAGAUACACAGAAACGGCCUCUUCAUUAAUGACCGAUUCAUUAAUAUGAAGCUGAAGUCCGUCACCUUCAUUGACUCUACCUUUCGUAACUGCCAAUUCGAUGAUGUGACAUCAGUGGGAUCCUCCUUCCGUAACUGUACUUUCAUUGAUGCAAUUUUCUACAACACAGACAUCGAUGAUUCCAAAUUGAUAGAUGGCACAGAGGUGGUCAACAGCACAUUCACCCACAACAAAACAGGAUGCCAGAUGACAUUUGAUGACGACUACAGCGCUUACUGGGUCUACUUCAUCAACUUCCUUGGGACCUUGGCUGUUCUGCCCGGCAACAUUGUGUCCGCCCUUCUCAUGGACAAAAUUGGGCGUCUGUCCAUGUUAAGUGGCUCAAUGGUGCUCUCAGGCAUCAGCUGUUUCUUCCUGUGGUUUGGCACCACUGAGUCCAUGAUGAUUUUCAUGUUGUGCCUUUACAACGGCCUGAGCAUCUCUGCCUGGAACUCCCUGGAUGUGGUCACUACUGAGUCAUUCCCUACUGUCAGGAGAGGAACAGGCUUUGGGUUCUGCAACGCUCUGUGUAAGCUGGCUGCAGUCCUGGGGAACCUGAUUUUUGGUUCUCUCGUCAGCCUCACCAAGGCCAUCCCCAUCCUCAUGGCCUCGUCUGUGCUUGUUGGUGGAGGCCUGGUUGUACUCCGGUUGCCUGACACUAAGUCAAAUGUCCUCAUGUAACACCAGCGUGGCGUUCAUUGGCUGGGAUAAAACCUGGGUGAAUCCGAGAGGAUGCCCAGGGAUUGUUGGGUAAGGAAUGCAAAUUGCUUGGUUUUUUAAUGUUUUAACACUUGUUAUCCCAUUUCACAAAUGUACCUUAAGUAAAUCCGGGUAGCAACCCACCUUUUCAUAGUGUGUUUGACUUUAUAUCAUACAAGUCAAACUUUUUACUUUCUGUGUAAGUCGAUAAUAAGCUCAAUCAUUUUGUGAGUGUGCUGUCUAGAGAGUUCCCAUGACAGAGCUGGGAGUUUGCACAGAGUUUUGGCACUGAGACUUUGGUGGAGUUUUGUUCAGUGACGGGUUGCACCUUCCAGCUGCAGCUAUAACCUUUCGCGGUGUCACUGCAUGGUUAAAGCUCGAGGCUUUUAAUAUUGAUACAAUCUUAUUAAGACAAGCCAGAUGGGGAGAAAAGUGAAAAACAAGCUGUAAUGAGCACAGUCUACCUGCUGUUUGACAACAUUGGGAAUAGAUGAUCAGACAGAGCGGACACACGACACAGCUGUAUGACAGCUGGCUUGCCCACAGGACCCACAUACACAGGGCAUGUUGUAGACUGUGUGCUGAAAGUCAACCCAGAUAUACUUUAUGUGCAAAUAUGUGUCUUAAAAUAGACUGACACUCACAUAUACCUACACUUUUUUUCCACUCAGCAAUUACAUCAUUCUGUACACACAAUACUGUAUUUUGCUCAACAUGAAAUUUGCUCAGACAUCUGCAACCUUUUCAGAGUUGAUCAUAGUACGACACCAAGCCCUUUGCAUUACCUACCCAGCCAAGAAUCAAAAAGGCCAUAUUGAAAAACUGUAUUUUCUUGUACCAAUAAUUGUAUUGUAUGUUGAAUCCGAGGAUGUUCAUUUUAUUUUAUGCUGUGUUAUUGUGGAAGUUGGAAUGAUGAAUUAUUCACUUUAUCCAAAUGUUGUUAGUCCAGCUCCCCUUCCACCUGUGUAUUAUUGUACAAAGGCUCUCUGAUGAGCUGUCCUUCUGAUUCUCGUGUCAUGCCGCUUCCUUUUAAAUAUACUGAAUGGCCUUUUUUAAAUGUGCCUCUCCUUAACUGGAGCAGUCUGCCCAUAGUCAUGUAGUGUCCCAAGGUUAUAAGGAACAGACAGAAACUGAAUAGAAAGUGCAUAGAUAAAAUAAUUAUGGUGUUUUUGUAAAUAUAUGUGAAAUAUGUGGCCAAAACAAUAUUUUAGUAGGGUGUGAAUUCAUUUUUGGUCUAAACCUCAUCUCUUCUGUUAGACAUCCCUAUUUUAAUAGAACUUUUAUUCCUGUGGGAUAAGCCUCUCCUGAAAACAGUUGUUACAAAAGGUAACAAUGAGCCAAAACAUGAUCAAGCGGUGUAAGUUACCAUGCAUGACUAUAAAAGUAAAAAUGUAAGUAAGUAUACAAUCAGGGCAAAAUUGUGCCACCCAUGACGAAAAUGUCUCCUAAGGAAACCUUUUGGCUUUUUUGACUUUGUAUCUUAAAUCAUCUUGGAAAAAUUCAUUUCAAAUUGUGUUUGCAUAACUGUUGAAGUUGUGCAAAUACAAAACCAGAUGAUAAAUUUGAGCUCUGUCAUUUGUAGUGAUUUUGUGAAAAAUCUACUUUUGCCAUAAUCUCACACUUGAAAACAUACCUACCUUGUACUAAUUAUUAUGUAAACUGUCUUUCAACAUUGAAACCUCAAUGCAUACUGCUAAAGAUAAUGAUAAUAAGAUAAAAAUAAUAAAGAUAAUAUAAGAUCAUGUCGCUAAUUUCAAAGUGUUAAAAAAACCUCUAAAAAUUUUAAUUUAUAUUGACAAUUUCAUAUAUAUGUAUGAAAUUUGACAUUUUUCAUAUAUAUAUAUGUGUAUUAUGUAUGUGUAUGAAAAAUGUCAAUAUAUGUAUAUAUGAAAACACAAAAAGUCAGUUGCUUACAGUCUUGUUUAAUUUGUGUUUGUGGAUUGUAUUUUCUGUGGCUAUCACAGCUUGUGUUCUCCUGCUUUUCUCUGCAUUUGUCGUAUCUGUGAUUGCAGCAUAGAGGUAGUUUGCCCUCGCACUGCAGUUGGCUCUUUCAAGGCUACUCAAAAAAACAAGAAAAAAAGAAAAGAAAAGAAAAACAGGCUUCCAAAGUGGUACUGUAUAUGUGCAUCCAUUUCCAUAAACCUUUUUCUCAUAUUUUGACAAAUCAGUUGGAAAUACAUAACGAGGUGUGCUGCUAUUGCACAGCAGAUAUUUUUUGACCAUGUGAUUUAAAUAUUUUUGAAAUAAAAGUAUGACAUACAGAUUCUAAGUAAAUGCACUGAUAUCAAAAGCAAUGACUUUUGCCCAGUGCCACUGACUGCUGUCAGUAGCAACAAUAAGGAGUGAUCUGUAUGGUUCUGGUUCUGGUUAAAACCUUAAUUAGAGGCAGAUCUACCUGUUGUGUUAUACUGUGGGGAAAUUAGGCCUAUAUUACUUGUUAUGUCUGAGGUAUUUGGGGUAUUGGUUAUAAGUACCAUAUUUAUGUGUGUGUGUGUAUGUGUGUGUAUAAGAGAGAGAAACUGUAUGUGUGUGUGGGCCUGCGUAUGGAUGCAUGAGUGUAAAUAUUAUGUACAUAUCAAAGCUGAUUAUGGUGGAGUUCUGGGUUAAAUGUGUAUAAACUCCCUGAUCGACUCAUGUGUCUCCUGCUCUGUCUAAGCGAUAAGUCCAUCUACUGUAUCUCUGUUGUACAUCUCUGUGUGUCCUUGGCUCUAACUCCCUGUUCACCUGCUACUCACUCUCUCUCUCUGUGUGUGUGUGUGUGUGUGUGUGUGUGUGUGUGUGUGUGUGUGUGUGUUGUGUGUGUGUGUGUGUGUGUGUGUGUGCGCGCGUGCGUGCGCGCGGGCACCAACUUGCAUGUAUGUAAGAAAACUUCUGUUCUUUUGUGGUCAACUUUGCGUUCCAACUGUAAACUCUUCUGGCAGAAAACAAUGGCAAUAUUAAGAUUUUUGUUGAGGAAAAAUGUGAAUGUAUCGCUCUUGUAAGUUCUGUUCAUCCAUUUUAUGGAGGUAAACAAAUGUAUGUGGAGAAUAAAGUUGUGUAUAUUAUUGUAAAGGGCCUGUCAGUCGUAAGAUGACUGGGCUGUAUGUUCAGACGUCCAUAAGUGUGAAAAUAUGUGAAGAAAUAGUUGCCAAAUGAAGCUCUAUCAGUAAUGUUUGAAACUGCAAAGGCAGGGAUUGCAGACUGUGCUGCUUUUGAACAUAUAUACAAUAAAAGUAAUGUUCUCUA